CUCCAAGGUCAGCCACUGAAAUCCCCAUCCAACACUACUCCGAUCCCCUUUUCUAUGGUCUGAUUUGUGAGCUCAAAUCCCCAUCAUCCCCUUAUGGAUGUAUGUAUUGUACGGAGGUACUACUUGCUAGAUCUGAGAAUUGCUUGCUGAAUCCUCUUCCCUGUUUGCUGGAAGUAAAAUUGGAAUGGGACUCCCGUGCAUGUUGUUGGUUUGCUGCAAGUAAAAACAUAUGAGACUCUCAUCCAUAUUCUUUGUUUUUUUGUGGGUGAUCCAUGUUCUUUAUUUGACGCAAGUCAAAUCACAUGAGAAUAAUGAUGUUAAUUAGUUAAUUAACCUGGUAUGGUUCUGAAAGUAGUAUGGUCUGUUCUUCCCUUUUUGUGCCAUAUGUAUGGUCUCUAUUUUUAGAACAUUAAGGUGGAUUUUUUGAAGUUGGAUAUACAUAGUUAACUACUGAGACAUGCUUCGAUUUUUUGUCCAUCAAGGUGUAUUUUUUUUACAAGUUGUGCAUCCUUGGUACUGGUUAGAAGCAGGUUUGCUUUCUAACAUGUAUCUUUUAGCAAGUAAUCAUUUGUAAUAAUGUACCAAGUUAGCUCAUUCAUAUUUUUGUACAUUUCAUAUUGACCCAGAUGGACAUGGAUCAACAAAGAUAUUAUUAUUACAACAUGUUGAAGCGGAGAACUCUCUGUGUUAUUGUUCUACUCUUGGCCCUCUGGUAUAGAAGCAGAGAUGGUAGAAAAUUUAGAGGUAAAGGCAGGAAGUAUGGUCCAUUAGUUCAGAGAGACAUCUACAGAACUAAUGUACUAAUUAGGCUCUUUGACACAUCGGAUGCAACAUGCAUCAAGCAAUUAAGGAUGACUCGAGCUGUAUUUUACAAGCUAUGUAACAGGCUUAGGCAGAAGGAGUUGUUAAGUGACACAUUUCAUGUUUCGGUAGAGGAACAAGUUGCAAUGUUCCUAUACAUGGUCGGUCAGCAUCACACAAAUUCAUCUGUUGGAUUUUGGUUCUGGCGAUCUAGUGAAACAGUGAGCAGAUAUUUCAAUAUUGUCCUGCGUGCGAUGGGGGAGUUAGCACGUGAUCUAAUUUAUAUUAGAUCGACGGACACACACACAAAAAUCACUAGCAGCCCGAACAGAUUCUACCCGUACUUUGAGGGAUGCAUAGGGGCACUAGAUGGCACUCAUGUUAAGGCUUGUGUUCCUGCUCACAUGGUGGACAAAUUUAGGGGCCGCAAGUCAUAUCCCUCCCAAAAUGUGCUAGCAGUUGUUGACUUCGACCUUCGGUUCACAUAUGUUCUAGCUGGUUGGGAGGGCUCUGCCCAUGAUUCUCUUGUGCUAAAAGAUGCCCUCUCACGUCCAACAGGUCUGAAAAUACCUGAAGGGAAAUUUUUCUUGGCUGAUGCCGGGUAUGCUGCAAGGCCGGGGAUAUUGCCUCCUUAUCGUGGUGUGCGUUACCACCUAAAUGAAUUUGCUGGACCCCAUGAACCAACUACUGAAAAAGAAUUAUUCAACCACCGUCAUUCAUCACUUAGGACCACAGUUGAACGAGCAUUUGGGGCUCUUAAGAGUCGCUUCAAGAUUCUUACUCGGAGGCCCUUCAUACCUUUAAAAUCUCAGAUUAAGGUGGUAGUUGCUUGUUGUGCUUUGCACAAUUGGAUAUUAGAAAAUGGUCCAGAUGAAUAUGUUGUGGAUGAGGCGACAUGGUAUGCCAACCUCCCAAGGAGUAGUGGACGGGUUCGUGAUGAAGAGGCUGACAUACGUGAGUGGGCUGCCAAGCGUGAUUUAUUAGCUCAACAGAUGUGGGCAGAUAGAGAGAGUGCAAGUGACAAUUGAAGGAUGUAGUGUUUUGAUUUUGAAGCUACAGAUGUCGAAGCUUGUAGUGUAUCUUUGAUGUAUUUUCAUGUGAGGGAACAAUUGAAGGAUGUAGUGUUUUGAUUUUGAUGAAUUUAUGCAACUUAUUUUAUCAUUGUAAGAUUGUCUGACUUAUUUUAGUAUGUAAGCUUCAAGUGUUGCUGAAGAUGGGUGUUUGUAUGCUGGUCGGGACUAUGCUUCUAGUGCAUUUGUUUAAUCACUUUAAAUGGUUUGUGUUG